CAGGGAAGCGCCCAGAUGGAGCCCGCUCUCGUGCCGCUGCUGCUGCUCUCGCUGCUGCUGCAACUCGGUGGAGCCCAGAGCCCCUCGGCCGCCCCCGCCACCAACCACACCAGGCCUGUCUUCCUAUGCGGGGGCGACUACACAGGAGACACGGGCUACAUCGCCAGCGAGGGUUUCCCCAGCAACUACCCGCCCAGCAAGACCUGCACCUGGACCAUCACGGUGCCAGAAGGCCAGGUGGUCAUGUUGUCCUUCCGGGUUUUUGACCUGGAGCCAGAUCCCGUUUGCCGCUACGACCACCUGGACGUGUACAACGGGCACGCGGCCAUGGAGUCCCAGCGCCUGGGCCGCUUCUGCGGCACCUUCCGCCCCGGCGCCAUCCUCUCCACCAGCAACCGGAUGAUGCUGCGGCUGGUGUCGGACGAGGGCACCGGCGGGCGGGGCUUCCUCGUCUGGUUCAGCGGCGGCCUCCCCCACGUCGACGACCACCAGUUCUGUGGGGGGAAACUCGAGAAGCCGCAGGGCACCCUCAAGACCCCCAACUGGCCCGAGAGGGACUACCCGCCAGGCAUCAGCUGCUCCUGGCAUAUCAUUGCCCCGAGGGACAAGGUGAUUGCGCUGACCUUCGGGAAGUUUGACGUGGAGCCGGACACGUACUGCCGCUACGACUACGUGGCCGUCUUCAACGGGGGCGACCGGGACGACUCCAGGCGCGUCGGCAAGUUCUGCGGGGACAAAUCGCCCAGCCUGGUCUACUCAGAUGGGAAUGAGCUGCUGGUCCAGUUUGUCUCGGAUCUCAGUGUGACGGCAGACGGCUUCUCGGCCUCUUACGUGGUGAAGGACCGCAACGAACUGGUGGAUCAAGGCAGCCCCCAGCCCACCGGGCCCAUCUUCCCCGGCUCCAGGCCUGCGACGCCAGGCAAAAAACCGGCUGUGCCAAAGCCCCGGCCUGCUGGCAAACCGGCCGGCCCCGCCAAGCCCGCCCGAGGGCCCAAGCCAACCCCCAAGCCUCAGCCCAGUGCUGAAAGACCCACAGCCAGCAGCACAGGUGAGGCCCCGGUGUGCCCACAGCGCUGUCGCCGGACGGGGACGCUCCAGAGCAAUUUCUGCAGCAGUGAUUUUGUGAUCACGGGCACGGUGAAAACAGUCGUGCGAGGGGCCGGGAACAGGGUCACCGCCACAGUGACGCUCAUGAACACGUACAAGGCCGGCGCCCUGGACCUCCCGGCAGCAGGGAGUGGGGCCACGCUCCGCCUGGACGUGCUGUGCAGGCAGUGCCCCAUCGUCAAGAAAGGUGCCAGCUACGUCUUCAUGGGCAAGGUGGGGGCGGGCGGCGCAGGGCAGCUGCCCCCCAACAGCUUCGUGGUGCCCUUCCGACCGCAGCAGCACCAGAUCCUCACCAACUUCAGCAAACGGCCCUGCACCGCACCGGCUGCCAGGAACAGGACCUGAGCCCGCCUGGGGAGGGGGGGGUUCAUGGGGGGGGGUGUUUCCUCCCAGCCCACCUCACCUCUCUGCUCAUUUUACGGACAGAAGCCCUCGGCGAUGCCUCGUCCAGCCACGGGGGGUGGCGGCACCCACCUGGCACCCACAGGAAGCCCAGCCUGGCUCAGCAUAACUGAUGACGCGUGGCGGGGGAGGGGGGAGGUUGCCCGUGGGCUCCCGGUGCUCCUGUGUGUGUGACUGUGAGCAUUUACACACAAGUCUCUGCAUGCUUGUUCACGCCUGCUCAGCUCUCUUAAAGGUAUUUUUACACAC